UUUGUAUCCGUGACAUAUGUGGACUUCAGAUGGUGCAAGCUGAUGAUGAAAAUACCUGACUUAUCAAUGACCCCAAACAUAACGCUAUUGAAACUUGAAGGGUGUAAAAAUUUAGUUGAGAUUGAUGACUCCGUGGGGCGUCUUGAUAAGCUUAAAGUGUGGGACCUUGGCAGUUGCGAUAAACUUGAAACUCUUCCGAACUGUCUCACGAUGAAAUCUCUUAAAUCUUUUAAUCUGGAAGGAUGUGAGAGGAUUAAGAAAUUCCCAAAUAUCUUGCACGAAAUGAAAGGUGUUGAAUAUUUAGAUCUUCAGGGGAACUAUACUAAUGAAUUGCCUCCGUUAUUUGGGAAUUUGAUUGGGCUUAAGGGCUUAACUAUAUCAUCGAAUUCAGGAAAGGCACAUCUUCCAGGUAGCAUCUAUAAUUUACAACAUAUAGAGAGCCUUGAACUUACUGGCGAUUUCAUAUUUCCAAAGAAUGUGGAGAUUGAUAGACAGCCAGUGUGCAACUCUCUUGGUUGCUCUUCCAAAUAUGUUUUUCCAAUGUUGAAAAGACUACGUCUUUUUCGCUAUGAAAUUUGCUCAGAAAUAGAAUUUAUAUUGAAUUGUUGUUGCCCCCUCACACUGGAAGAGUUAGAAAUCCACAGAAGCAAAGUUCUCACCCUCCCAAAAAGCAUGAGCAGAUGUGAGAGAUUACAUAAGCUUAUUAUUAGAUAUUGCAAUAAGUUGAGGGAAAUCCUAGGGCUUCCGCAUAGUAUAAGACGUGUAGAAGUAGAAGGUUGCCGCUCGCUGGAUUUACAAUCAUUCUUUCAGCCACUUCCACCAAAUCUACCACCAUGUUUAGGUGUAACAAGCCACAUGAUAAUGCUUCCACGCUCAUUUACAAUGCUUCCAAUUUGGCAAAACCGCCUUUGUGAAUAUAGUUUUGAGUUAAUAGGAGAUGAGAAUGAUAUUCCAAAUUGGUUCAACCAUCAAAGGGAUGGAAAUUUAAUAGAAUUCUCGAUUGGUCCUGAAUUUCCAACAAUUGCUCUCUGCGUUGCUUUUGGAAUACAAGAUUAUCGUGAUUUUGAUUAUUGUGUCUUCGUUUCCAUCAAUGGUAGUGAACGAAUGUUUGAAAGAAAAUUCAUUGAAAUAGAUUGGAGCUUUGGGCAUCUAUGUUUUUCUUGCAGACCUCAGAGCUCAUUUCAGGAACUAUUUCGGGACUUGCAACUAACUGAUCGGAAUCAUGUUCAGAUACACUGUAAAUCUGCUUUCCCUCGUGAUCCUUCAUCCAAAGAAAUUGCUCCUAUCGUUAAAAGGAUAGGAGUCCAUGUAGAAUGCAAUUGUAUCUCUCAAGACAUUAAUAGGCACCGAUCAUCGUCAGUGGCCCAGCCUUUAAAAAAGAGAAACAAGACAAAGAAAAACUAUUGUUGCAUAGAGUGAAGAGGUUCCUGAUGGAGAUGCAAUGCAGAUUUCGACGAUGAAGACCCAAAUUUGAUGAUUGUGACUGAUGAAGGGUAUUAGCAAGUUGAUCAAGAUGUUGGUUUCAUGUAAUGGUGUCUAUUUGGCUGGUCAAAAUGGACUUCAGCUUGUGUCUCCACUCUGACAUUCUCAGAUCUGGUGAACAUAUUUUCAACUGGCCUUUUCAGCGUUAUAGAUGGUUAAGUAAGGGGGAUCCUAUAGCCCUUCUCUUGUGUUUCGUUUUUGUUAUGAAGAUGCUGAAAAGGAUGAUUGCAAGAGCAGCAAGAGGCAUUCUUAUUGUGUUUCAGUUUUCUGCUUCUUUGCAUUGAGACAUUUCUGCAUUAAAAAAGAAUAUGGGUUCAAGUGAAUUGGUUUGAGCGGAAGAUGAAUUGGCAGGUAUUGUAGGCUGUAAGGUGAAGAGAAUGAUCAAUCCUUUGCCAAUAAUGAGCUUGAUGAAAGAGUAUACAGGCAUUAUGGGUCUCCUCAAUUAGAAUGGCUUUUCAUGGGAUGAAAUUUGCAAAACAGUGGCACUGUGGCAGCUGAUGUUUAGCUUUGGGGAGCUUAUAUCAAGGAACAAUUGGAUGCAACUGCAUACAAAUAUAGGGGAUCUCAUAUUUCUGAUUUGUGCUUGAUUUAUGGUAAUGAAAGUCAGAAUUGAAGAUCAAGUUGUUUGGACAUGAAAAUGGAGGUCAACAAUAAUGCCCUUUGGAUGGGAUUGGCGAUAACUUGGGAUAUGCAAUAUCCAGCUAGGGAGUUUGAAAUAUCUUAUUAAGAGAAAAAUGAAAGUUUGCAACUUCUUAAGCCUCAGCAUGUUCCCAAAAAUUUCGGAGAUCAUCAAGGGAGAGAUACAAGAAGCACUUGAGGAAAGGCCAUGAUUAGUUAAAACAAAUGUGGGUACCGAGAAGGACAGAGACUACAAUUAAAUAGGAUGUAUUGAUACAACAUUUCAAAUUGUUCCUGAAAUAGAUGAGAAGCUCUUUUUGGAGGGUUUUUGAACUCUUAGAAGAUGAGAGAAUGGCCACGAAAUUUGCAGCGAGGAAAUGGUUAUUGAGAAUGGUUUGACAGGACAUCUAUUUUGCUUGUCAAAUUGGGAUAUAAUUUAGAUUUGGUUCCAGUGUUUUGUCAAUGUAAAUAAGAUCCAAUUUUAGAGUAAAGAUAUUUUUGGAAUAGAAUUUCUUGCUUGAUUUCAUUGUUAUACUUAUACCCAAAUCAUUUUCAAGUGUUCAAGGUUUUAAUAGGAAGUCAGUUUGAUUU